CGUGCGGUGGGCGUGGUCUGUAAGCUUUCUUGGAGUAGAGUGUAAGCAGCUAAUGGCUAGCUAUCGUGUCUGCCUGUCGUCGUAAGCUACAGCUACGGACUUGGUGGUGGUCUGACAAAUAAUGGAAUGAAGUCCAUCUUGAGAAUCUGCAUCUGUGAAGACAAAUUGUCUGUCUUUUUACCUCCUGAUGUCAAGAUGAACCACAGUGUCCGGAAACAUCUUCAAACUCUGAUUCUCAGAUAGGUUUUUGUCUCCUGCCCCCCUCUCUGUCACUUUGACUUCUAUGGAACUUUUUGUUGAUGAAGCCAUAAGUGAUCUACGUCAAUAAGAGUCAGUUUGACAACUUCUUGGCAAGCCAGCGGAUAACUUUUCAUUGACGGACAGAAAAGAACACCUGGGCUCCUCCGGCAGCCAUGUUGGCUCCUGAACUGCCUCGUCUUGUGAAUGGAUUUCUGCUGCGUAGGAAUGUCAGCACCAUGCCACCACACACCGACUCCUGUAAAAUCUGAAAACACACCUGACACUGACAGCAACGGGUCCCAUGACUGGUUGAGUUUGCAGAUUUGAAGUAUAUCUGCAUAGGCCAUUGUGCAACCUUUGACCUGUGAACACGUGUCUGUAUUAAGAUUUAUCAUUAAAUCUGACUAUGGCUGAGUCCAGCUCUGAACUGGCAGGUGCAGACCUGUUGAUUGGACCAUCUCACCCAGCAGAAAGCAUCUCCAAAGAACUUACCACAACUGUGACAACAGAUGGUUCCCAUGUUGAAGCUGAAGUCAAGAACACCAACAGCACCACAGAUGGCCCUCUUCCUGUACAAACAGAUGAGGUGACAGAGUCUGAACCUGUUCCAGAAGAUUCCCUGUCAACCCUGCUCAGAAGCAUACAGACUGAUGGACCAUCAGACCCAGCGACACCAGGUCCAGAUCAGGAUCAGGAUCUAGAGGACACCUCGUCAGCAGGUGGCUCUGAUGACCAACAGGAGUCCUCAGACUCUGCGUCCUUCUCCAUUCCCAGCCUGGAGCUGUCUGAUGGGAUUAUAGCAACAGGAACCUCUUUGGAUGUGGAGGACGGUUUGUCCUCGUCCUACUCGGCUCUGGGUGCUGAAGGUGGUUCUCCGUCCACUGAGGUCCCGAGUCUGCGGGAGGACGAGACGCCAGAAGCUGCUGGUGGCACUGCAGCUGUUGCUGUGGCUACAGAUGCCGGACUGUCUAUGCCAGCGUAUUAUCUGGUGAAGUGGAUCACGUGGAAGGAGAAAAAAACAGCCAUCAUUACGCAGAGUGAGAAUGGACCGUGCCCCCUGCUGGCCAUUAUGAACACUCUGUUUUUGCGCUGGAAGGCUGAACUUCCAGCUCAGACUGAAGUGGUCACUGCUGAAGACCUGAUGUCUCACCUGGGAGAUUGUAUUCUGUCUGUGACUCCCAGAGAAAAAGCUGUCAGUGUGGAACUGAACUUUCAGCAGAACAUGAGCGACGCCAUGGCAGUGCUCCCCAAGCUGUCCACAGGUCUGGACGUUAAUGUGCGCUUCACCGGCGUGACGGACUUCGAGUACACGCCAGAGUGCAUCGUCUUUGACCUUCUGGACAUCCCGCUGUAUCACGGCUGGCUGGUCGACCCGCAGAGUCCAGAGACGGUAGCCGCAGUAGGCAAACUGAGCUACAACCAGCUGGUGGAGAAAAUCAUCAAUUACAAACAUUCAGCCGACAGCAGCCGAGUCAGCGAAGGCCUGGUUGCAGAACAGUUCCUGGAGUCGACUGCUACCCAGCUGUCGUACCAUGGACUGUGUGAGCUCAAUGCAACAGCCAAAGAGGGCGAGAUCUCGGUCUUCUUCAGGAAUAACCAUUUCAGUACCAUGAUCAAACACAAGGGUCACCUGUACCUGCUGGUGACAGAUCAGGGCUUCCUGCAGGAGGACAGUUUGGUCUGGGAGUCCCUCCACAAUGUUGAGGGCGAUGGAAACUUCUGUGACUCUGACUUCAGACUGUGUCAUCCCCCACAGAGAGUCCCACCCACCUCCAACAUUCCACCUACCCCCCAGGAGCAACAGAGACAGAUUGAUCAGGACUAUCUAGUAGCCGUGACCCUGCAACAGCAGCAGGGCGGAGCUCCGGGUCCCCUGAGUGACUUGGAGUUGGCCCGACAACUCCAACAGGAAGAAUACCAACAGCAGCAGCAGCAACAGGGAUCACUGCAGGCAACUCAGCAGGUUAGAGCUCAGACAGCAGCUCAGCAGGGCGGAGCUAGAAGAAGAGACAAGGACUCAGACUGUGUCGUCCUAUAGCCUCGUCGGCCUCAUCACCAACUGCAGUCUCGGUCUCAUCAGCGUUGGCCUGCACGAAGCACCUCUCUAGUCUGUAUUUUCUUCUUUUCUAAUUGAUUCAGUUUCACCACACAAGGUCGCAUCAUCAGAAUAACUUCUUCCAGUGGAUGUGAUUGUAAUCUGUCACGUUUGUUUAAAGUCUGUUACUGGAAAUGUUUGAAAAAGGUCAACCGCUGCUUCAAAAAAUAAUUAUGCUUUUGAAAUGUGUUGUUCUGGUAUGAUGUCUACGGAUCGACUCUCAGUACAAACUGAUUCUUAAUAUUUUACAACUUCAAUGUCGGAUGAGGUAUUUCCAGUGGGGGAUUUAAAAUUGGUUUCACAUAGAAUUUAUUCGUCUCACACACUUACUGAUGGAAUUUGAUUCUGUAACAAUUGUAAAUGACAAAUGGACCAUUUUAAUAUCAGAAUGAUGCAGAAGCUCA